GCUAAAUAUUUGGACCUUUUAAAUACCCACAAAAAUUAAUUUAUUCAUAAAAACAAUAAAACUAAAACCAACACAACAACAACAAGAAGAAUCACAGAGUUCAAACUUUUUCUGGUAACCAAUUCCUCUCCGAAUUGAAAAAGGUUUUAUAAAGCAUAUAGCAUCAUGAGAUUCAAAAGUGGAAGCAGAGUGGAAGUAUUGAGCAAAAAGGAGAUGCCUUCAGGCUCCUGGUGCUGUGCCAAGAUAAUCUGUGGUAACGGCCACAACUACACUGUUAGAUAUGAUGGAUUUGAGGGUGCCUCUGGUAAGGCCGCUGUCGAGAGGGUACCCAGAAAUGCGAUUAGGCCUUGCCCUCCUCCACUGGAAGUUUCAGAUAAUUGGGUUCCUGGUGAUCUCGUCGAGGUUUUUGACAACUUUUCUUGGAAAAUGGCAACAAUUUCAAAGGUUUUAGGAAAGCAGUACUUUUUAGUCAGGCUACUUGGAUCCUCCCAAGAAUUUAAGGUCGGAAAAUUUGAAAUCCGAGUCAGACAGUUUUGGCAAGAUGACAAAUGGGUUGUGAUUGGAAAGGGUUUGAGCAAUUAUGAGUAUGGAAAGCGUGUUGAAACUUUAACUCUAAAGUACAACCAAAGUUCUUGUCUCAAAGCUCAGAAGAAUGAAACGCACAUCGCCUCCUCUCAUAAUCUGAAGAGAAGAUCGCCCUACUUGUAUUCCCAAGAUGAAGCAUAUGAUGGAUCUGCUGAGAAGUUUAGAGGUGUUGAAAGAGAGGGCAAACGUCUCCGAGUAAUUUCUGCUAAUUUAUGCACAUUUUCUGAACAGGUAGAUGUUGCGUUACCAAGACAUAUGCAGGGUGGAAAAGAAAUACGUGCUUCUCUUAACAACAGAACAACUGUAUUUUCUGAUGUGGAUAUGGAAAGGAGGAAACCAAGUGGUGACGUUGGGUGUUUCUUUGCUGUUAACUUAAGGUUGAAUGAUGCUGAUAGUGUGACAUGCUCUGUUGGUAGUUGUAGUAUCGGUAGCAAUGAUUCCUAUAAGUCACCUCCUCCUGUUUCUGCUAGUUCUACUGAAGAUUUUGAUGAUCAGUUAUCUGAUGCUGAAUCUAUUUGUCGAUUGAGAUAUGAGGAAGGAAACUCUCUCCUUCCUGCAAAGGAAGAAUUGGCGGCUGAGAUCCAUAGGGCCGAACUAGGAGGCUUGUCGCCUUGCUUUCAAGUCUCCAAAGAUGAUCUUGGGGCUUGCCAGCUUUCUCUCGGUCUAGACGUGAGGGUAAUUAUUAUAGGACAGCUUCUGAUUCUUCUGUUCUCAUUAACACAUCUGGUCUCUUCAUUCUUCUAUGUCAGGCCACCUGUGAGCCUUAGAUAACUGUUUUGCUGAAGGAUGUAAGACAAGAAUCUUGUAGUUGACACAGGAUGACCUGAGAUGUGGAUGCUUUAAAGGCGGGGAAGGUUAUAAGUUUAUGAAGCCUGGUCAAGGGUCUUUCAAUUUUAAAAGUAAAGUUCAAAAUAUUGUAAUUUUCCAUAAGCAUGGGCAGUCAGUCUAUUUUCAAGCACAAAGUUUCCAUCAAACAGGAACGAAUUUGUCAACUCUCCGGGUGUAAGCAGUAAGAAGAUAUCAAUGUUCUGAUUAUAGGCCUCUGGACUGCCCUACAGCUCUUGAAUUCUUUGUGAUGAUUGCAGUAUUUAUAGCAUAUCACAAACUUUUUGCUUGCUCCUGGUUGACACAGAUUGUCGGCCAUAAUCUUUUACUGCAAGUUUUGAACUGAGAUGCUUUGUACGUGAAAUAUAUAUCAGCUUGGUUUGAAUACCAUAAAGCUGUGACUGGUGUCUACAGCCCAUCAAAUUUUUGAAUUUGAUGCAAUUAUUCCAAGGAUCUUGAGCAUGUGAUGAUGACAUCAUAUCCCUUGGAGAUGCUCUUAGCAACUCAAAAUGAUUCUGCUAAUCUGUGCUCAGUUUGUACUUUUAUCCCCUGCCAUUGUUUGGUCUCUCAACUUAACAUGUCCUGUCGUUAAUUUGUUUUUAUCACCAGAGAAGAGAAGCUGGUGUAGCUACUGUUCAUGAGGAGGUUGCUUGUACAUUAUUUGUAUAUCUUGUGAAGAUUUUCAGAGCAUGCGAAAGGACAACGAAGAUUUUCACAUAAAGUGUUUUUGAAACCAAGCAAGAUCAUUGACCGCACAUACAAAGCACUAAUAUUUUAUGGGCCCCUUGACGAAAAAGAAAACGGUUUUAUGGGCCCAAGUUUAGGUAUUCUAGCUAAGUUGGGCGAGGGAUUCUUGGGCUUCACAUAGGCUUCAAUCGUAUAAAUUUGAUAAGCAGGUUAAACUACUCUAAUAAGGACUCGCUAACUUGACCAAGUAACCUAACCAAUGUAUGCAUUCCUAUUAUCUUAUUCACAAAACGUGUUUGACUGAUAGUGAUGAGAGAGCUGGUCCAAGGAUGACCACAUGAAAACCUUGAAAUUUAUAUACGCGUCGUCCUGACUCCUGAUUGAUUAAAAUGUUGCUAAAUUUCUGUUGUUUCUU